AUGGCUCGUCAAGGAUUCACCGCAUUAAGCUUCGUUGUCUUAUUGGCUGUAUUCGAAAUUGGGUGCUGUCUACGUUGUUACCAAUGCAAUUCUCAGACGGACCCAUCAUGCGCAGACCCUUACAAGCCUCAAGUACCUAACAAGCAUCUCGUGGACUGCACAACCCAAGACAGCAUUAACUACAAUAUUCAAUUCUUGCGCUCCAUCCUUCCUCCCGAACUUACUAACAGCAUAGCCGGAGCUACCAGAUACUGCCACAAGAUUGUUUUGCAGACUGGCACCACUAUCCGUACCUGUUUGGACAGCAACCCUAGUGAAAUUAACCAUACCUGCCGCUCCUUAGAGAACGCAGCAUCCAAAUCUAUGCAAUCUAUUGAUCCCAGCUUCAAAAUCAAGCACUGCAGCGUUUGUGACAAAGACAGUUGCAACGGGGCUUCUUCAGCUGCUUUUUCAGUCCCACUCGCUACUCUAGCCCUCAUCGCUACAUACUUGUUGUGCAAGCAAUAA